AUGAUCGAUAUCAAAAGCUCGCCCGAUUAUCUGAAUCGGUCCUCCGGUGGAUCAUUCGGUAACUUUUCAAUGUUAUUUGCUGACUCUUCGUACAAAUCGUCAUGGGGCUCACACAGCUCGUCCCAGAGUCAAGAUCCAUAUCAGAUGUUUGGACCCACUAGCAGUAGGUUAGCGAGUUCUGGUUCCGGACAGAUUCAGCUAUGGCAGUUCCUGCUCGAGCUGCUCAGCGAUUCUACCAACGCCACCUGCAUCACCUGGGAAGGUACGAACGGUGAGUUUAAGCUGACCGAUCCGGACGAGGUGGCCAGACGCUGGGGUGAACGAAAGUCGAAACCAAACAUGAACUACGACAAACUCAGCCGAGCGUUAAGAUAUUACUACGAUAAGAACAUUAUGACGAAGGUGCACGGCAAGCGUUACGCCUACAAGUUCGACUUCCAGGGUCUGGCGGCCGCGACCCAGCCCCAGACGGAUCCGACCUACAAGUACCAGAGCGACCUGUUCAUGUCGCCGUACCAUCACGGGGCCAAGCUGAGUUCGUUCAUGAGUCCCCAUCACAGCAUGACGUCAUCUUCCGCCUCCAUCUUUCCAUCGGCCGCCUCGUGGGGUAACUGGGGCAGUCCGGCGACGAACCUAUACCCGUCGCACACGAUGAGCCACGUGACGCCAUCGCACGUCGCGCCACAUCUGGGCUCGUAUCCGCACUACGCAUGA